AUGACUUGUGAACCUCUAAAAGCACGAAUCAAGUGUUUCAAGGCGAUGGAGCAGGUGGUCAGUUUUCUCAAGGUCAAGGUGCGAUCAGAAGCGCGUGAUUUGGCGUCCAUUUUGGUUGACAAUAGAAACUACGCACCUCAGUCUGAAGGAUACAAUGUGGUAGUUCUUGAUCCGCUAUCAGGUCGUUUCCUCACCUCAGCUGCGUUUGAUUGCGCAACGCACCAAGCUGAGUGCGACAAGCUAGGUGUGUUCCUGAAAGGCUUGCCUCAGGAUGUUGUUGUGUUGCUGGCUGCACAAGGCCCCGCUGUUGUCACUGGUCACGUGCUUCCAACGAAGGAAUUGAAAAAAGUAGGCGCCAAUCAUACUGAAAAUGUUUCUGCGCAAACUCGCCACGCAGUCAUUGGAUAUAAAGGACAGAUGAAGGGAGUGACGUGGAUAAAGGAGAUCUUGAGCGACAAAGGAUCGGCCGAAGUAUCAUCAAGUAUUCCAAUCCGUUUUUCAUACAAACCAAAAGAUUCUACAUGUUGUACCCCGUUCAAUGUGGCGUCCCAGAAGUAUGGAGGCAGUUGUUUGAAUCAGUCCUCCAGUUGGGGAGCCUUAGAGAUUUGUCAACAUGUCAUUGAUGGAAACAUAAGUGUUGGCUGGAACUCGUCGUUCAAGAAUGAAAGCAUCGAUAGCGUCAACUCUUCCAUCACAAUUGGUUUUCACUCAAUCUUCGUCAUCAAUAAACUAAGAAUAAGGCAAAACGCAACUACCAAUCAACAAAUCCAGGAAAUUUUGUUGGAGUUUAGUGACAGUACCAUGGAAAAGAUUACACUGACAGAGAAUCGGUCUGAUUUUGAAGAGUUUUUCUUCACGUCACGUAAGGCAAGUUGGGCUAAGUUUACAAUUACAAAAGUGAAUGGUACCAGCGGAGGGGCCUGGAUACAAGAAAUUGAACUUUACGAUGAUAAGUGCGAUCACAAAACAUUCUGUGACACCAUACAGCUUUUGAACCACAGUCGAUCGAUUCACUACCGCUUGCAAAGUAACCAGUUGGCACUACUGAUCGAAGCUGAGGCUGAUGUUUCGGUGCUUCUCACAAGUGACUCACAAGACACUGAUUAUCAAUACAAGAUUAAGAUUGGUUCAAACGGGAGUAUCACUUUGAGUAGCAAGACCAACGAAUGUGAACAACGGAUCGAAUUGAACGUUACUUUGUUGAAAGACAACGAAACACGGCCAUUCUGGCUGGAUAUACAAACGGACCGGUUGGUUUUUGGUUCCGGAGAACAGAUUUACCUAUUCUGGAGAGAAGCAAAACUGAUCAAGAUCAAGUACGCUGUCUUUAACACAACAACUUCCCCAGCCUCGUUUCAGAUCUGUCCAAUCAUGGGAGUCAUUAAACGUCUCAAUAUAACCGUGAGAUCUGAAGCACGUCACACAGUUGGCAGGAAUUUGCCAAAUGGUUUGGCUUUCAUUUGGGUUAACAAUGAGAACUAUGCUCCAAAGAACGAAGGGUACAAUGUUGUAGUUUUUGACGCCCUGUCAGGUCGUUUCCUCACCUCAGCUGCGUUCAACUGCUUAACAAGCCAAGAAGAGUGCGACAAGCUGGGUGAGUUCCUGAAGGGCUUACCUCCGGAUGCUAUAGUUUUGCUGGCAAUACAGGACUCCGCAGUCGGCUCUCACAAACUUCCAACGAGUGACCUAAUCGGCAUUGGUGCACAAAAAGCUAACCGCGUUGUUGGGCAAACUUCUCACGCUGUUAUUGGAUAUAAAGGACAGAGAAGUGUGACGUGGAUGAAGGAAAAUUAUAAAGAGAGCGGUGGAGAACCGGCUGUAGUGUCAUCAAGCAUUCCAAUUAGCUUUCUGUACCUACCAGAAGAUUCCACAACCUGUACUCCGUUCAACGUGGCUUCACAAAAGUAUGGAGGCAGCUGUUUGAAUCAGUCCUCGAGUAACGGAGCUUCGAAUGGCUGCGAAAAAGUCCUUGAUGAGAGCACAGCUAUUGGCUGGGAGUCGUCUACGAAUGAGGGCGUCAACUCCUUUUUCGAAAUCGGUUUUCACUCCACUUUCAUCAUCAACAAGCUGCGAAUCAUGCAAAUGACGACUUCAGGACGACGGAUCCAAAACAUUUUGAUGGAGUUUAGCGACCAUUCAGUAGAAAGUAUCAGCCUUAAAGAAAACUCAUUUGAUUUUGAGGAGUUUGUCUUCUCAUUCCGCAAAGUAGACGGGGUUAGAUUCACAAUAAUAGAUGUGUAUAAUGGCAGUGGGGGAGUUGGAAUACAGGAAAUUGAAUUCUACAAUGGAAUGUGCAAACAAAAAACAAUUUGUGACGCCAUCCAGCUCUUAAGCCACAGCCAAUCAGUUCCCUACCGUCUACACUCCACUCAGUUCCCGCUGAUGAUCAACUCAAGAGACAAUGUCUCAGUGUCACUCACAACUACUUCACGCGUCGACAGCCAUGGAUAUAAGAUUGAAAUUGUUGCCAAUGGGAAAGUGAUCUUGAAAAGUAACGAUGACGAGAUUAAACAAGUGACCAAGCAAUCCAACGUUACUCUGUUAAAAGAAAACGAAACACGGCUAUUUUGGGUGGAGAUACAAGCGGAACGAUUGGUUUUUGGUUCCGGAGAUAAGAUUUACCUGUUCUGGAGGGAUGCGAAACCAAUCAAGACAAAGUAUGCUUUCUUCUCAACGACGAGUUCAACAGCCAUGAUCCAGGUCUGUGCACGUAUAGAUUAUUGCUACAAAGACGCUUCUCAUUAUUGGCCAUUGGACAAGUCCACAUUUUAUCAACAAGAUUUGAAAGGUGACAAAUCUCUGCCGGGAAAGAUACACGGUACGUGGAUCCUACAUUACGUACCUGCCAACCUAAGCUUCACACCGCUGGCACUUUCCCUCUCUGGCUCGCAUUCUUGGAUUGAUCUUGGUUCCAAAAAAGAAAACGAAGAAAGCUGUCUUUUCAGCCCUUUGCAUUGCCAGAACGGAAUUUCUGUUAGCUUUAAAGCCAAUCUUUCAGCAAACGGAAUUGGUUACAUUUUAUCUUCAGGCGGGCAAAGCUCAGGUGGUUUUUCAAUUUACCAUGUCGAUGAUGUCAUGCAUUUUAAUCUGAGUGAUGGUCAGCGGAUCUGGCAGGUCCAGGGAUCGUAUGAAAAAAACGCAUGGCACGCAUUUGUGAUGAGCUGGAGUCAAGGAGACGGUCUAACCGCAGUUAUUAGCAGGGAGUCAACCAGUGUGUUGCGUGACACAGCUGGAAGGAUUUUCAUGCCAAAGCAAGCCUCUCACUCUUCUUUGAGAAUAGGUCGAUCUGCAGAUGUUGUGCUAAGAGAUGUAGCCAUAUGGGAAGAAACAAUUGCUGAGGAGAGGAUGUCGACGCUGCUCGGCUGUAACGUUCCUUGGAAUUACUUGGGUUGCUAUGAAGACAGUACGAUUUUACCAAGGUUCGUUUUCAAUCCAGGUGAUUACCGAGUUAGCAGAAUGACUCCUGGUCUUUGCAUGCACUUGUGCGGCAAUUUCAUUUUCAGUUAUGCAGGAUUGAGGGAUGACAACAUAUGUCUGUGUUCCAAUUCUACGGCAAACGUGACAGAACGUCCUCGAGAUCUGUGCCUAUCUGCGUGCCUUGGUGCUGGAAAUCUUAAGUGCGGUGGAGGAUCUUACCUAUCCGUUUACAAGUCAGUUCAAGUGCAACCUCUAACCUUAAACCUAUCAGCUGAUUCUUCCGCUGUGGCUCUCACCGCGUUCAACUUAAAAAUAAAAAUAUUACCUUCUCUCUCAAAGAACCAAAUUGUUGAGUCUUACGUACUAUUUGUGGGGGACGGUGUGGACUUUUUGAAUUAUAAUGAGACGAAGUCUGAAGCUACGCUUAUAUUCAGUGACCCGGGAAACUACACCAUUAAGGGGAGAGCGAUUGUAAAACAUACAAAAACUGGCCAUCGGUCAGCGGUGGAGUCUUUCAUGAUAACACCAGCGGUGUCUAAUGUUACGGAUAUCGCGUUCAUCUGUCCUACGGCGUAUCCUGUGAAUUUUACGUUCAGCUGCUCUCUACAAUUUAGUCAAGGAACAAACGUGAACGCUACUAUAGAGUUUGAAGGAGGAUAUUACAUUUCUGGUUUUGUUCCGGAUGCCAUGGUCAUGACUGCGGGCAUACCAGUUUCUGACCCAGGGGGCCAGGUUACUUCUGACGGACUGUACCUAUUACCUACAAUGGACGUCACAAACAAAGGAAAAGUUGUGGCUUUUGAAAUGGAUGUCGAUCGAGGAGGCUUCCUAGAAAUCAAGGUUUAUCGCCCGAAGUGUUUAGAUUCCAAGCAGCGUUACUGUCGAGUACAAAGGCUGUGUGAUUCCUCUGUUGGUUGCUGGGAUGGUAAUAAAACAUUUAGCUUUGCAGGAACACAGUGCGUCAAGGAAGAUGGGGCAUUCAGCGAAAACAAAACGACGUCCCAAGCAAACUUUGAUUACGAAAAUAUCUCAAAUUGUACGAUUCAGACAACCAGCGGCCAUAAGGUUAUUUUAGUCGAGAGUUGUACUCAGCAACUUGAGGUUGAAGAAGGCGAUGUCAUUGCUGUGCAAUUUCCUUCUUCUAAGCCAGGUGCGGCAAUUAAAACAAGUUUGUCAAGUAUUUCUCUUUUUUAUAACACGUCGCUCUCAGGUGGUACCGAAAUUCUUCGCAGUAAUCGCCAUCCGGUAACAGCUUCAAGUCCAACAGAACUUCGUCAUGCACCCGCAAUAGCCAUUUUAUACACCGCAUUGUCUGGGAGAAGCGUUGAUCAUCUAUAUCAGACACCCGGAAAUAAAUCAGUUUCUCUUACACUAAAGAAUUCAUACGGCAAGUUCAACUUUACAGCACAGAUUUUUGUCCAAGAACCGAUAAAAGGACUCGAGUUAAGCUCGCCUGACACUUUCGCAUUGUUAGAACCCGUUAAUAUCACCGCUGAUAAAACUAUUGGCACUGAUUUAACAUACUAUUGGGAAUUCAGCGACGGUGAAAAGAGCAUGACGUUUUCUCCGUUUGUGACCCACAAUUUUACGAGUAUCGGAGAAGUGGAUAUCUUUGUCUUUGCGACAAACGAUGUAAGCUUAGCUGCUUUUCGGUGUUCGGUUGAUGUUCAGGAAAGAAUUGAAGGCUUAAAAUUUAGGAACAAUUCCCUUUUGCCCGUUGAAAAUGGAACUCUAGUUAGCAUUGACUGGCUUCUUCGUAAAGGAUCACACGUCAACUUUAACUUCAGCAUCACAUCCAAGGAGUCUGGAUACAAGUUUAACAAGUAUUUUGAUAACGCCAAGACCGUUAAUACAAUAUUGUUCUCCGUUUAUAAAACAAAAUUCAGUAUCUCUGACUUAUACCUCAUCACAAUCAUAGCUGCAAAUAGGGUAAACAAUUUGACUCUCAGAGGAAACUUGAGCGUAGAGCAAAAUCUUACCAGUAUUGAAAUGAAAUUUCCUCCUUUGGUAAAAACAAAACAUGAAUUUAAAUUCGUCAUGUCGCCCCACCAAGGAGACAGAACAGCCACUUAUACUCUGAAUAUUACUGGAGGGAUGGAUUCCAUAUUUAAGAAAAUUAACAUCUAUCAAAAAAAUAUAUCACAUGUGUACGAAAAGGCGGGAAACUACUCAGUCGUUUUAAGUGCUGUGAACGAUAUCAGUUCACUCGUCCAAGGCUACUCAAACAUGAUCGUUCAAGACGAGAUAAAAAAUUUUUCUUUCAAUGACUCAGCCCGUGAUGUUAUCAUACAGAAUAAGUUUGAAAGGGUAAACAUAAGCUGGUCGUUAAUUCAAGGAACGGAUGUAGAAAUUGUUAUUGACUACGGUGACGGUUACAACGAAUCUUGGGUCAUCCCAAAUGAGAACAUACCUUAUACAAAAACAACAACCUAUGAUUACAAGGAAACUGGAAAAUAUACCAUCAGUUUCAAAGCCAAGAAUCUUGUGAGUGAAAAGUCAUUAAACAAGACAGUUUACGUUGAUCCAUAUGAACUUGACAUCAGCUGUGCGCAAUGUCGGAAGGAAAUAAACCGAUAUGUUGUCAACCCUUCCAGCAAAAUAACGUUUAAAGGACAUGGAGAAACCAAAGGAGGCAAAUCGAUCAAAUUCAACUGGAAAGUAAAAAAUUGUUCUGCAGACGGGAACGACUGCUCAGUGGCGAUGGACUUGAAGGGUUAUAACAGCACCCCAUUGAAUUGGAAAUAUUUUGUUAUUAGACCCGACAAACUUCAAGGUGAUGUAAUAUAUAAGAUCAUCUUAUUUGGAGAAGUUGACGGUGGAAAGAAACGAUCAAAAGAAGUAACAGUCAGGGCGAACACACCUCCUUCAAAAGGGAAUUGUACAGUUACGCCGACGGAGGGUCAAGCUCUGGAAACGCUUUUCAACUUGACCUGUAAUGGAUUCAGUGACACCGAUAAACCAAUAUACUAUGAAUUUCUGUACUCCAAGAGUCCGAGAGACUUAAACCAAAGUUUAGGUAGUGGACCAGACCCUUGGCAGAAUAAUGUUAUCCUUUCUAGUGGGGACAACAUCACAAUAUACGCCAAAGUUUCGGACUCAGUAGGGGCUACCACAAUCGUAACGUUCACAUCAGCUGUUAAGGUGAAAACACUGCCCGUAAGCUACGCAGACAUGACAAAAAAAGCUGAGGGACUUCUGAAUUCUACUAAAGGAGACAUGAGGCGCACCACGUCUAUUGCUCUCACCACUGCUGAGGUUUUGAACGAAAGGAGUACAUCAACCCAAAGUGAUGAAAGCGAGGUGGAAAAAAAAGUGGAGCUGAGAGAAAAACUUGUGGAAUAUGUGGAAUCUAGCGUUAGAGCGACACUGAAUACCAGCGUGUCGGAUGUUAGACAAAUUGCUGGCACUCUUACUGUGAUAACAAGCAAACCCGAACAAAACACAAAUAUUAUGUUGGAGAAACUCUCCGACCUCUAUGAUAACGCAAGUAAAACAAUCUUCGAAAUUGCUAUCCACAAAAGGGCACCUAGCGAGAAAUUAAAAGAGGCAUCGGCAGCAGUGCUGAACGGAGCCGUUAAUCUCAUCAGAACGGUGAACUUCACUCGCGGAGGUGAAAAGUUGCCGUUUGAAGACUCAAACACAACAGAAAAAAAUACAACAGAGAGAGUCAUCGGAACGCUUGAUAGACUGUCGCAAGCUCUUGUAAUUUCAAUGGUCGAUGGAGAAGAGCCAACGACUAUCGACAAUGAAGUUCUCUCAAUGGGACUUUCACUUGAAGGUGCUGAGUUUAUCGGCAAGAAGCCCUACAAAGUUGGUGACAGUGAAGUGAAGAUUCCAGAAGGCUCGAUUGAGCUAGGAGAUGAAAUCCUCAAUCAAGUGAGCAUACUUUCUGCGAUAAAACUGUUCCCCGAGGGAAACGACUCUGGCCGCCUAAAUGACAGCAAGUUCGUACGCUUUUCAUUGUUCGAGGUAAAUACUGCCGACAACAGUCGCAAAGCUGAGCAUGAAGUGAAAAAUCUGACGACUGGGAACGAAAUCAGUGUCAUAAUCCCGCUAACUCGUACGCAAUUGAACAGAAGUUUAUAUUGGGCUGAGAGGAAGCUGGUUCUGUCUCAAUACAGUGCGUAUUCGUUUGAAAUUAAAGACAAUAUUUCUACCGUCACGUUUGAAGUUACAACGGAGGCUCCUGUCGAUGUCGAGAUAUUUGUCACCAUAGGCCGUGAACCUAACACAUCCCAGCAUUUGUUCAACUUCAGCGCUAACUUCUUGGCUGAGAAUUACCUUUUACAAAACAAGGUGGCAAAUUUGUCGAAUUCAACUCUUCAGUCAUAUUCCCACAGAUUACUUUUGGCUGAUGAUGUCGUAAAUUUCACAGUUGCUGGAAGAUACUUCGCCAAGAUCAUCUUCAAGAAGCCCAGCAAUCUCACAUGGCUCUCUGACGAAAUAUUCACUGAAAAAAUGCAUUAUAACAUCUCUGUUUAUCGAUCUUGGUGUAUGUUCUUCGACGAGGGAAAUAAUUCCUUGUCAACAGAGGGAGUCAAGGUGGGGCCGAAAACAAACCUCACUCACGUCGAAUGCCUUGCCUCGCACUUGACUACAUUUGGAAGCGAUUUCUUUGUGCCACCGAACAGAUUGGACUUUAACGAGUUUAGUCUGCUUGAACUGUUUCAGAGCCCUCACGCACUGAUUGCAGUGUGUACAAUUCUUGGUCUUUACUUUCUGUGUCUAACCGUUGUCAUACGUGCCGAUAAGAACGACGCAUUAAAGGCAGGAGUAACUCCACUCCUUGAUAACGAUUCUCGGGAUACGUAUUGUUACCAGAUUCAAGUUCAUACUGGUUUUAUUCGCGGGGCUGGCACGAGUGCUGAAGUAUCUAUAGCUCUCACUGGCGCUUUGGGCGACAGCGAACCUCGACUUCUGAAAGAUCCGAAAAGAAAAACUUUCAAGACAGGAGCUGUCGAUGCCUUUCUUUUAAUCGUUCCCCAGUCGCUUGGAAACUUGAAACAGAUUCGCGUGUGGCACAACAACGGUGGGACCUUUCCAUCGUGGAAUCUUCUGCGCAUCAUGAUCCAAGACAUACAAACUGAUCAGAGGUGGUGGUUUGUUUGUGACAACUGGCUGGCGGUCGAGGAAGGUGACGGCAAAAUUGAAAGGACUCUCAUCCCUGCGUCUAAGAAGGAGCUGACUAAAUUCAACGUCCUUUUCGCGUCUGAAGUAAGGAAGAAUCUCACCGAUGGCCAUAUUUGGUUCUCGGUCGUGGCUCGACCACCACUAAGCACUUUUACUCGAGUUCAACGCCUGACUUGUUGUUUGUCCAUCUUACUGUGCACAAUGCUCGCAAAUGCCAUGUUUUACGAAGUAGGCAAAAACGAGACGACAAAAAAUGCCAUCAAGAUUAUGGGCUUUAGUUUCUCGAUCCAGUCAGUUUCGAUAGGAAUCAUUAGCAGUUUGGUAGUGUUCCCAGUGAAUCUCGUCAUUGCCACAAUAUUUCGGAAAGCUAGGCCGAAGGAAAGUCGAUACGAAGUGAAAACCGGCGCUGACGAUACAGAUGACUUUGAUGUCGAAAAGGAUGGAGAAAAGAAGAACGCUCCUGCAAGCAAAGGACUCCCGCAUUGGUUUGUGUACGUAGCAUACGGCCUUGCAUUUCUAUCCGUGACUACUUCGGGGACGUUUGUGAUAAUGUAUGGAAUGCAGUUUGGAGCUGAAAAAUCUGUAGAGUGGCUCUCCUCGAUGGCUGUUAGCUUCUUGCAAGAUGUCUUGUUAACACAGCCAAUCAAAGUCUUCAUACUAGCGACACUUUUUGCUCUCCUAAUCAAAGACCCGAAGAAGGCCGAAGAUGAUUCAUACGCGGAUAUCAAUGCUCUUGCAAAGGACGAGGAGUGGUUGCACACGGACAUCACAGACCUUGCUCCUGAAAUACAGAAGACAAUGAAGAAGAUAAUUAGCGACAAGCCGCCAGAAGAGGCAAAGCUGGAGAUUGCUCGUCAGCUCCGCUUGAAAGAGAAGCAGAUGAGCUCCACUAUCCAAGAAAUUUCCUGGUAUAUCAUCUUCUUGUUGGUUCUUCUCACCAUAAGCUACACCAACAGGGACUUAGAUACAUCUCGGGUGACCCAAUACAUGAGGAAUACCUUUGAAAGAGCAAGUUACAGUGGAAACCUAACUUACGACAAGGUACACGAGAUAAAGCAUUACUGGAGAUGGUUGAGUGAGACAUUCAUUCCUUCUAUAAAGCCUAAAGUUCACUACGAUAGUUCGACGCACUAUCAAAAGGGCUAUCUUGCAGACAUUCCAACCGCCUUUCUUUUGGGUGUGGCGCGUCUAAGGCAGCUGAGAAUUAAAAAAGAUACCUGCGUAUACAAACGCGUUUCACGCGACAUAACCGAGUGCAACGACUUCUACAGCAUAAAAGAAGAGGACGAUGGCUGGUAUUUACCAGGUUGGAAGGCCACACAAACCGCAGGAGCUCAAUCUCAGUCCCUCUCUUCUCACAGGCAAGCUUCUCAGUUAAAAGAUCCUUGGAUCUAUAGAAGUGGAGAGGAGCUGAAGACAUUCCCAUAUUGGGGUUACAAGGGGACGUAUAGCGGUGGAGGAUAUGUACAGAAAUUUCCACAGAAUCAGGAUGUCAACAAAUUGCGGAAGAUAAUAAGAGAUCUUAGCUCACAAAAUUGGUUGGACCGCUACACAAGAGCUGUCUUCUCUGAAUUUGCCAUUUACAACGCAAACACCAACUUGUUCUGUGUUGUCACUCUUCUGUUUGAACAGCUCCCAACGGGAAGUCUGUCUCCGUAUCCCAACAUUGUUACCCUUCGUCUCUUCAGGUACGUCGGAGGCGAAAAGGUCUUCGUGAUAACAUGCGAGGUUGUGUACUUUUUGUUCACUUUGUUUUUUGUGGUUAGAGAGGUCAAACUGGUGUUGAAAAAGGGAAGGGUACAUCUGAAGAAUCCGUGGAGCAUUCUGGAAAUCCUUGUUACUCUUCUUUCACUCUCUGCAGUGGGACUGUAUUUCGCAAGGUUAAAACUCACCAAAGAUGCGUUGAGGGAUAUGAAAAAUGACCGAGCUGACUUCAUCAGUUUCCAUUACACAGCUUUCUUGGACGAGUGGCUCAAGUGUGUCAUGGGCGUUAUCGUAUUCCUGUCAUUCUUGAAAGUGUUCCGUCUCUUGCGGUUCAACCGGCGCAUGUCGAUGCUACAGCAAGUCCUCAAAAGGUCCUUCACCAAAUUGAUGUCAUUCAUGGUCAUGUUUGCACUCGCGUUUAUAGCCUAUGCUUUUCUUGCAUGCUUGGUGUUUGGGCAAGAAAUGAAAGCGUUUGGAACAUUUUUGAGAAGUUGUACUUCUUUGAUGGAUACAUUACUCGGCAAGUUCACAUUAAAGGAAUUGUCAACAGCCAAUCGUAUUCUUGGACCGAUUUUCUUUUAUACCUAUACACUGACCAUGUUGUUUGCUCUUCUGAACAUUUUUAUUUCCAUCAUCAACGAUGCAUUUGCUGAAGUUUGCAGCGAUGUAGAGAAGCAGUCUAACGAUUACGAAAUACUCGACUUUAUGGUUCAUCGGCUGAAGGAGGUAUUUGGCAGGACAGAUGGCCACGCCGUUCCACCAGUCUACAGGGAGCGUAAGAGUAAACUGGAGACUAAUUUAGAUAAGAUCGCCGAUGAUGCAGAUAAUGCAACUCACUUCAUGAGGAACAUAGCAUUUGAGGAUAUGAGGGUGACGCGGUGGUUUCAAUUGGAAAACUGCACAAAAAAGAAGAAAAAUUUGAUGCGGCUGCUAAUGGAAGUGGAUUGGGAUUAUCACGAGGACGAACUCUGUGAUUCUAUACCAGUGUUCGAGAGGUUCCUUGAGAAGUACAGCGAGGAGGAACUGGAGAGAAUUCUGCAGCAUUACCACCAAAAACGGAUGGUGGAGGACAUUGUCUUCGAUAAACUCAAUGCUACUGGUGAAUUCGACGACUCAUCCGAUGACAGUAACAGUGCUAGCGAUGACAGCAACGAUAACAAUAGCGGAAUCGUCAGCAACGACGAAAAGAUGUUUGAUGACGAGAUGCCUUUGGAGGACGAAGACGGUUGCAGAGGGGAAUCGAGGAUUACGAAGCCAAAACUCAAUGCUAGCCUUUACAGCACGGAAAGCCGUCAGCAAUCAGGUCUUGGUACCAAAUUUGAAACGAUUGGAACUCGAAGUCCCUCCCCGUCAAUUGUGGAUUCAGAGACAGCAACUCUGCUUGCUGGUCUUGCCACAGUGAUGAGUGGCAAAGAGCUUAUAAAGGCAUUGAAGGAUGCGCAGAGGGAAGUAGAAGAUCGCUGGGUUGGUGACCCUGAGUUAGCAACCAGUUUCGAGAAGCCUUUAUCCUGUGAUGAUAUCAGUUCACUGACGUUUGACUGCUAAAAAGGAAGCUCAGGUGAAGAGGACGACGGAUGAGAGAGAAUCGCAACAAACUGAAUCAACGAGUGGAAACUAAUUGAAUAGCCUUUAAAAGCAAAACAGUGAGGUAUUUUAGUGGUUUUGGUCCGAAAUCAAACCACCAUUUGUAUAGUUGAAAGUGUUUUAAGUCAGACUUUAGAGAUGCCUAUGUCGCGAUGAUAUGUCGGCAGAUUCUAAUGAAUUGUUAGAUAAGCUUGUUAACACUUAUGGAAUUGUAUUUCUUUAAGGUUUACAAAUCCAUAGAAAGUUUUUCAUUUUAUACAUCAAAUUUUAAGCGUUAAUGUGAACGUAAUUUUUUGAUCCUCGGCGCUAUUUGUUACUACUAGCUAUACGAUUAGGUGUGUACCAUUUCAGUGUUAGUCGAGUAAUGAUCGAUAUCCAAAGAAAGAAUUCUAAUUUAACUCCGAAGCCGAUACGCAAGAAUGCUUUACAACUUUAAUUAUUCGAAUGGUUUCUAAAUACAGAUGUGAGCCUCCACAUCUGUUUUUGUGGCUCAGUUGACACAAGCAUGCAACUGGUGUCAGGGAUGCCCAGAAAUGUUUUUGCUGCAAUACCUAAAAUUGCAUUUUAAUUGUACAGAUCAAUUCGUCUUUUAACUUUUGUUGUGGAAUAAAACACUUCCUUGAUCAAGCCUAGUUUCGAGCGAGGCAGAGAGAGAACCAGUUUUUUCUCUUAAAAAGUAAAAAUUUAUUGCUGCAAUAAUUCCGCAUAAGGUAGCAAGUUUAUCGUGGUGGAGAUGAGCAAGAUAUUUAUAAUGAUGAUAUGAAGCUGAAAAUAUUAAUUCUUAGUAACCGAGUGUGAUACAUAUAUCUUAUCAGACGUUUUGGUGUGUAGUAUCGCUAAGUAUUUUACAAGUUGUGCCGUAUUUUGACGACACGGCACAACUCGUAAAAUUUCUCAGCGAUACUACAUAUAAAAAUGUCCAAUAAGUUAUUUAUUAUCCAACUGCUUUUUUUCGUGCUACGUCUUUCUUCUCCGUCAUUUCUUAUAGAGCGGGAAAAGCAAAGCGGAUAGAAACGCGUAGCGCGCGCACCCGACUGGCUAAACAGGUUUUUUACAGUACAAAAUAAUGAACCGUCCAAAUAACUGUCCAGUAUCUCAGGAUAUUUGUACUAUUCACGCGUUAUUUGUACUCUACUUUGUGCAGUUGGAUAAUGAAAGGGAAUAUUGGCCUGAGGAUUAAUAUCCUUCACUACGGCUCGAGCAAGGGAGGUAAAUACGAAGUUUAUUGUAUGGUACUCCAAUCAAACUUGUUUAUUCUGAAUUUUCUGGCUUCUGUGGAAACGGUCCAUAUGGCAAAACACGGAUCAAGUAAGAGCCAAUCAGAACACUCGGAUUUACCUAAGGACUAUCCGGCCAUAUGAUAAACAAUUUCAUUGACAAUUGAACACACAUCAAAAACAUUUGUUUAACAACAAAAAAAAGGAAAUUACGAAACACUGAAGAGCGACAGUAUCUUGAACACUAGGUUUUUUUUUGUUAAGGUGGGUUAGAGGUCGAAAGGAUGAGAAGAAGUGAUGAAAUCUGGACUGAAUUCCAGCACAUGUCAUCUUGCAGAUCUACCUCUGGAAAUUUGUUUCGAGAGGCUUCCCUCAAAAAAAAGUGUAACUUUCCUUUAAAAUUGUUAGAUGUAAUUACUUGUCCGUUUACCUCACCUAAAUUGCUGAUUCUCUUCGCCGAAAUAACAACGAUACACCACGUGAUACAAACGUCAUAAUCAUUUAGCUGUCAAGCUGUUAAGGAGCUCGGCUCAUCUUUUAUGGAAGAG